AUGGACUUAGCUGAGGAGGUCCCCAAUGGUGACGAUGGCAUCGACAUCUCGGAGGAGGGAUCUGAGGACCCAUUGCCUCCGAAUGAAGUGUUAAACCAGUUGGUCGACCGACCUGACGCGGAAAACGAUGACGGAGACUUCCAGCGUGCUUUGGUAGGGAGGGCUGGGCCGUUCGACCUGUCAGAAGUGCCAGAUGCAAUUGUCGCCGAUUCCAACAUUCAACAAAAGGACAUUUAUACGACGAUGCUCUACGGGAACGCGUUGGCGGAGAGUCGGACGGACUGGGACCGGAUGUAUCGCAAGUCUAUGCGUCUGUCGGACCUACGCAAGAUCUUCGAGAAAAAGAUGUCGACUCGCGCGAUGGAGCUUCUCUCAAUGCGGGUGGACCUCACCAUUGAUGACCACUACACGAUUGACCCCAAGAGUCCCGAUCUGUUAUGGGACAUCAGCAGUCACAACCUCGAUUUCUUUGCGGCGGUCUCGCGCGACGUCGGCCUUGACGCUGCGAUCCCAGGCGUGCGCACGGACCACAACUGGGCCGCGACAAUUGAUCUACAUCGCUCGUAUCGUUCAUUCAAGGCGCGCUACGUAGACCUCGGUUUCAAUUCCCAUGGACGCAUGCUGUACUUUGGACGCGUCGGAUCGCUAGAGCUCUGGCUUGCGUUUCGUCCCCGAGACGACUUUGAGGUUGACCCUGCUGUGGAGAAGGCGCGGACCGCGGAGAUGAGGCAGAAGUAUGGAAGGGACGGUCACGACACUCGCCUAAUGCCACAUCAUGUCCAGAUUGUGCUUCUAUUCCUCUCAAAGAUGCUCGCGACGCUCCGUAGCCAUCACAUCGUAGUUAGCCACGAUUGGGGCCUCCCAGCAGCAAAGUCCGACCCUCAUCGCCUGAGUGCAAAGGCCUCCACAAAUGCGCUGUAA